GGAGCGAAAAUGCGUGAGAUUCUUCAUAUUCAGGGAGGUCAAUGCGGGAACCAAAUAGGAUCAAAGUUUUGGGAAGUGGUGUGUGAUGAGCAUGGGAUAGACCCUGUAGGCCACUAUGUUGGAACCUCUCAACUUCAGCUUGAAAGACUUGACGUUUAUUACAAUGAGGCCACCAACGGCCGGUAUGUGCCACGUGCCGUCCUCAUGGACCUUGAGCCCGGCACCAUGGACGCCAUCCGGACGGGUCCUUAUGGCCAGAUAUUCCGCCCGGACAACUUUGUCUUCGGCCAGUCUGGCGCCGGAAAUAACUUCGCCAAGGGCCAUUACACCGAGGGCGCGGAGCUCAUUGACUCUGUCCUUGAUGUUGUGAGAAAAGAGGUUGAGAAUUGCGAUUGCUUGCAGGGGUUUCAAGUGUGUCAUUCGUUGGGAGGGGGGACAGGUUCUGGAAUGGGUACUCUGCUGAUUUCGAAGAUUAGAGAGGAAUACCCGGAUCGAAUGAUGCUUACUUUCUCGGUGUUUCCAUCUCCGAAGGUGUCGGACACGGUUGUUGAGCCUUAUAAUGCCACACUCUCUGUUCACCAGCUGGUGGAGAAUGCUGAUGAGUGCAUGGUCCUUGACAACGAAGCACUAUACGACAUAUGCUUUAGGACUCUCAAGCUCACUACUCCAUCUUUUGGAGAUCUGAACCAUUUGAUAUCGGCAACAAUGAGUGGAGUUACUUGCUGCUUAAGAUUCCCAGGUCAGCUCAACUCAGACCUCAGGAAGCUAGCUGUCAACUUGAUCCCGUUUCCACGCCUUCAUUUCUUUAUGGUGGGCUUUGCUCCACUCACAUCUCGAGGGUCACAGAACUACCGCGCACUUUCUGUCCCAGAACUCACACAACAGAUGUGGGAUGCCAAGAACAUGAUGUGUGCAGCUGAUCCACGGCAUGGCCGUUACUUAACAGCAUCAGCAGUAUUUAGAGGGAAAAUGAGCACAAAGGAAGUGGAUGAACAGAUACUGAAUGUGCAGAACAGGAACUCCUCAUAUUUUGUGGAGUGGAUCCCCAACAAUGUCAAGUCGAGCGUCUGUGAUAUCGCGCCCAAAGGCCUUCCCAUGGCUUCCACUUUUGUUGGCAAUUCAACUUCCAUACAAGAGAUGUUCAGGAGAGUGAGCGAGCAGUUUGCUGCCAUGUUCAGAAGAAAGGCCUUCUUGCACUGGUACACUGGAGAAGGAAUGGAUGAGAUGGAGUUCACCGAAGCGGAGAGCAACAUGAACGAUCUUGUUGCAGAGUAUCAGCAGUACCAAGAUGCCUCCCCUGAAGAAGACCAAGAUGAUGAAAGCUGAAAAUGUACCACCAAACACCAUUAAUCAAUAAUUUUAAGCUCUUUGGGUUCUUCAA